UGUCAGUCGUAGGAGAGGCGCAGUCAAGACGAACAGCAGCUCCACAGCAGGCAGAAAGAGUGGGAAUUAAUGAAGAUCACUGAUAAAAGGAUUGUUAGGGAGUAGGAAAGCUGCAAAUUGGCGAUGCUGAGAAAGGGGGAGUGGGUUUGGGUGGACUCGGCCAUUGGCGUACCCAUUGGAGCGAGGGUCAAAGUAACGCCAUCUGGCCAGCGGUUACUGGUGGACGAUGAGGGAAAGGAGCAGAGUCUGUCCCAGGAGCAGGAAGCCUCUCUCAGGAUCAUGCACCCUACAUCAGUGGAGGGUGUGGACGACAUGAUUAAACUGGGAGACAUGUCCGAGGCCGGCCUCCUCAGGAACCUGAUGCUCCGACACAAACAAGGCAUCAUCUACACCUACACAGGCUCUGUGCUGGUGGCAGUGAACCCGUACCAGGAUUUUCCGAUAUAUUCAGAUGACAAGGUGAAGUUGUACCAUGGUCGAAAGCUGGGCGAACUCCCUCCGCACAUCUUCGCCAUCGCUGAGUCCUGCUACAGUAACAUGAAACGCAACCUCAAGAACCAGUGCUGCAUCAUCAGCGGGGAAUCAGGAGCAGGGAAGACAGAGAGCACUAAGCUGAUCCUUCAGUACUUGGCAGCAGUCAGUGGCGAGCUCUCUGAACAGAAGAUUGAACUGCAGAUUCUGAAAUCUAACCCAAUACUAGAAGCGUUCGGAAAUGCUAAAACAAUCCGCAACGACAACUCCAGUCGCUUUGGGAAAUAUCUGGAGAUCUUCUUCAAUAAGGAUGGAGUGAUUAAAGGUGCUCGCGUGGAGCAGUAUCUUCUGGAGAAGUCUCGUGUCUGCCAUCAGGCCCUGGAGGAGAGAAACUACCACAUGUUUUACUGCAUGCUGGCAGGAGUCACAGCAGAGGAGAAGAAAACUUUGAGCCUUGGAGAUGCUAAGGAAUACAGAUUCCUUACUAAGGGCGGCUGUAUCGUGUGUGAAGGCAGGGAUGAUGCUCAAGACUACAAGCGCAUUCGCUCUGCGAUGAAAAUCCUGACCUUCUCAGAAAACCAGUGUCAGGAAAUCCUCAAGCUGCUGGCAGCCAUAUUACACCUGGGAAACGUUAGCUUCGAGGCCAACACACAAAAUAACUUGGAAACCAGUGAUGUCAGCAAGUCAGAACACUUCAGCAUCGCAGUGUCACUACUGGAGGUCCAGAUGUCUUCCCUGGCGACGAGUUUGACCCAUCGUUCCUUCAUGACUAACAGAGAGAGGGUGACCAAACCCCUCAGCUCCCAACAGGCCUCUGACUGCAGAGACGCUUUUGUCAAGGGAAUCUACAAUAAGCUGUUCAUAUGGAUUGUUGGGAAAAUCAACAGUGUCAUCUACAAAAGGUUGACCAGAAGCCCUACAUCCUCCUUCUUGUCCAUCGGCCUGCUUGAUAUCUUUGGCUUUGAGAACUUCAACAUAAACAGCUUUGAGCAGCUGUGCAUUAAUUUCGCCAAUGAGAAGCUGCAACAGUUUUUUGUGGGCCACAUCUUCAAGCUGGAGCAGGAGGAGUACCUGAAAGAGGACAUUGUGUGGAAUAACAUCACAUUUAGUGACAAUCAGAACAUCCUGGACCUCCUGGCUGGGAAAUCCUGUAACCUGCUGGCUCUGAUUGAUGAAGAAAGCCAUUUUCCAAAGGGCUCAGACGUCACUAUGCUGAACAAGAUGAACAAGCAACACCGUGGGAACGAGACCUACAUUGCCUCCAAAAGCGAACAUGACACAGACUUUGGGAUUCGCCACUUUGCAGGCGUGGUUUGCUACGACUCCAAAGGGUUCUUGGAAAAGAACAGAGAUGCCGUCAGCUUUGACAUAAUGAAGAUGGUUGAGAUGUCCACCAAUAAGCUACUUCGUCAGAUAUUUGAGACGGAGCUUUCAACCAAUGGAGUGAAGAUUAGUAAAAACAAGAAGGUCAUCAUGACACCUAAGAGCUCUCUGCGGGCCCAGACUGACAGCCGUAAACAAGUGCCAACACUGAGUGGCCAGUUCCGUCAGUCUCUGGACUCCCUCAUGAAGGCUCUGUCCGCCUGCCAGCCUUUCUUCAUCCGCUGCUUCAAACCCAACAAUGACAAGCAGUCUACGUUGUUUAACAGAGAGCUGUGUAUGCAUCAGCUAAGAUGCUCUGGCAUGAUGGACACCAUCCGCAUCCGGAAGCUGGGAUACCCAAUUCGCCACACCUUUGAGGAAUUCCUGAAGCGCUACAGGGUGCUCCUGAAGACGACUGUCUGUGACCCCAAAAGGGAGACAGCUGCUGCCUGUUGUGAAGCCAUCUGCAAGACAGUGAUUAAAGGAGAGGAUGAGUGGAAAAUAGGCAGGACCAAGAUUUUCCUGAGGGACGCCCAUGAUGCUGUCCUGGAACGACUGAGGGAGCAAGAACUCAGCAGGACCGCUCUGGUGAUCCAGAGGGCCAUGAUGGGAUACAAAGACAGAAAGUCUUUUCUGAGGAAGCGGAGGGCAGCUGUGGUGUUGCAGAAGCACUGGAGAGCUUACAGACAGGAGAAACUCCAGCAAGGCUUUGAACGGCUGACAGCAAAGAUCCGAAGUAGGAAGCUCCGGUUACAGUACCAAAGACAGCGAGCAGCAGCACGCACCAUUCAAAUGCAGGUACGAGUCUACUGGGCGAGGAAGAGCUGGAAGCAGAAGAGAGAGGCAGCCAUACUGCUGCAGGCCUACACCAGAGGACUGCUGGCCAGAAGAUUAGCUGAAAAGAUGAGGAAUGAUGCCUCCCUUUUACGCCUGGGGAAAGAGAACCAAGAGCGAAUUGCCUUGGAGCUUCAGCAGCGUCUGAAAGAAGUUAUCACCCAGUCACCGCAAGAUGAUGAGGAGCCUGAGCCAAUCGUUGAACAGGAGUCAAACGAGUACUCGUAUGAUCUCCAGCCCACACCUCCUGUGGAAGUGGUCGAAUGGGAGGCGCCAGAACCAGAUGAAUUUGAGAAGAGGAGGAACAUACCAGAGCCGGUGGAGGAAACAUCUGUUGAGACCUCAAAGCUGGAAAUCAUCCCUCCAGCCUCAACCUCAACAACCCCUACCCCAUCGCUGGAAGAGGACGAUGACGAGUUUGAUGACGGCAGUGACGAGUUUUCAUUCUACAGCUUCAGCAUCCAUCACUUCCAGGGCAACGCUAGCCACACGCACAUCACCCAGAGACUCAGGCAGCCUCUUCUGCCCCACGAUGACGAGGGCGAUGCACUGGCGUGUCUGACUGUUUUCUGGAUUAUACAGCGUUUCAUGGGGGACAUGCCAGAACCAAAACCUCUGGACACGAUGUCUCAAGAGUCCAGCACCAUCUCGCGUCAACUGCCUCAUAGGCAGGGCAGGAGGCUAAGCAACCUGGUGGGACUGGACCAGAAAAUACUGAGGAAGAACAAAAAAAAGUUUGGAAGUGGAAACAGAAAAGCUUCUGCUAUUCCUGAGGAGCCAGAGAACAUGGCGGAGGACGAGGACGUUUUGAUUGGAGAGGGUCCUACGCUGGAUCGGCCACUUUCAUCCCAGGAAAAACUACACAUUAUCAUCGGAUACGCUCUGUCGAGACGUGACAUAAGGGAUGAGAUUUACUGCCAGAUCUGUAAGCAGCUGGUGAACAAUAAGAACAGGAAGAGCCGUACGCAAGGCUGGAUCCUUCUUUCCAUCUGUCUUGGGAUCUUCCCCCCAACAGACCGCUUAAUGAAGUAUUUGAAGAGUUUUGUCCGCAAAGGGCCGAAUGGUUACGGAGCAUAUUGUACUGACCGCCUGUGUCGUAUAAAAGCCAAUGGAGAAAGAAAAGAGUUGCCCUGUUGGGUAGAGCUACAGGCUGCCAAGUCCAAGGAGCCCAUAGACGUGUCUGUGUCUUUAAUGGAUGAACGUACUGUCAGUCUACAUCUGGACUCAGCCUCCACCUCUGCUGAAGUCUGUAAAGCUGUGGCUGACAAGAUCGAUCUUCGAGACACAUAUGGAUUCUCCCUGUACAUCAGUCUCUAUGAAAAGAUGUGGUCUCUGGGCAGCUGUGGGAAGCAUGUGUUGGAUGCAGUGUCUCAGUGCGAGCAGGAGAUGAGGAGGCAAGGCAAGGAGGAGAAGGACACCCCCUGGAAGCUCUCCAUCCGCAAGGAACUGUUCACACCCUGGCAUGACUGCUCAGAAGACCCAAUCAGCACAGAUCUAAUCUAUAGACAGGUCAUCAAGGGAAUCAAGUCGGGAGAGUACACCAGUGAGAAUGAGGAUGAAUAUGUCCAGCUGGCAGCAAAGCACUAUUACAUCCAGUUUGGCUCGGCAUACAACAAAGACAACGUCGAGAAGGUGGUUGAGGAUUGCAUCACCACCCCGCUUAUUGAGAGCAAAUCUAAGACAAAGUGGAUCCAACUCAUCAGCACAGCACACUUACAGGGUCCGUAUGUCAACGGGAAGCAGGGAACAGAAAGCGUAAAAGGAGAACUGGUCGACAGCGCUCGACAGAAAUGGCCCCUUUACUUCUCCAAGUUUUAUGAAGUCACAAUGAUGUCAGGACCUCCUUUGCCCAAAAGCAGGUUUUUUGUGGCUGUAAACUGGAAUGGCAUCCUCUUCAUGGAUGGAACAGACAAGAAACUCCUUGAGCUUCCUUACCUAGAGCUACAAAAAGUACACAUGAUGAGUGACAGCCAUGUCAGUGCUCAGACGGUGAGUUUGGCCACAGUCAGUGGAGAGUUUGUCCUGAAGUCUGGGGAAGCUGCAGACAUGGCAGCACUUACAGAGACAAACCUGGAAGGGCUGAGACAGCGCUCAGUGUAUGCACUGGCUCAGCAGGAUGCCAGUAAACCAGAUGACCCCAUGUUGCUGGUUUGUAAACGAGGAGACCUGCUGCAGGUGGAGAAAGAUGAACAAUGCUCUCCUGAUGAGAACUGGAUCAGAGCAACCAACCAGCGGACCAGUAGCAGCGGCAUGGUCUCUAAGAAUACAGUGCAGUUUCUGCCGACUCUCAGCAGGCCCACUGAAGAAAUGCUGGAACUGCUCAGUCCAGGCCAGAAGAAACUGUCAGUAACACAAAACGCCACGCAGAGAGACGAAACAGUGGCUCCUGUCUCUUUAAAAGAGUUUGCACUAGAGAACUUCAGGCCUGUAGGUAAAGAUUUCGGUCGACAGGGUGCGUCCAAAGGGGUCAGCAGGGAGAAGCUGUGGGCUUGUUCCAGAGAACCUCUCAAACAGCCGCUGAUGAAGAGCCUGGUCCGCAACUCGGACCUCAGCAACCUGGCCUGCAACGCCUUCACUGCUAUCCUGAAGUACAUGGGCGACUACCCCAUCAAACAAGCUCGCAGUCCUUUAGAGCUGACUGACCAGAUCUUUGGUCCAGCCACCCAGCAUGAAGCUCUGCAGGACGAGAUCUACUGCCAGAUUAUGAGACAGAUGACCAAUAACAACAACAGGUUGAGUAUGGAGCUUGGGUGGCAGCUGAUGUGGCUGUGUUCAGGCUUGUUCCCGCCCAGUCACAAUUUGAUGGGACACACUCAACGCUUCCUGGAGUCGCGCCCCAGAGAUCAGCUGGCUGCUGGCUGCCUGCAGAGGCUGCAGGGGAUGCUCAGAAAGGAGCCCAGGAAGUUUCCUCCCCAUGUGGUAGAAGUGGACGCCAUCCAACAGAACAGCACCCAGAUCUUCCAUAAAGUCCACUUCCCAAAUGACACAGAUGACAUAUUUGAGGUGACAUCGACAACCACAAUCAAAGACCUGUGCUGCAGUAUUUCCUCUCAGCUCAGACUGAGCUCAGCUGAUGGAUAUGGCCUGUACCUGAAAACACCAAACAAGGUCAUGAGCCUGGAUGACCAGAAGUAUUUCUUUGACAGUUUAAGACAGACUUCUGACUCUCCUAAGAAAACAAAAAAAGUGAAAGAAGGCAACCAGGCCAAUGUGCCCUACCUGGUGAUCUGUAAGAGGAAGCUCUGGUUCAAUGUGAGCCCAGGGAAAGACCUGGUUGCAGACCUCACUUUCCAUUUCCCACAGGAGGUGCCUAAGUACCUGCGGGGAUACCACAAUUGCACCAAAGAGGACAUGACCAACCUGGGUGGGCUGCUCUUUAGAGUCAACGUAGAUUCAGACAGGUCGCAGUUCGUCAUGAUCCCCAAAAUGCUGAGAGAGUUGGUUCCUGCUGACCAGAUUAAAAUCAUGUCCCCUGAAGAAUGGAAGAAGCACAUCAUCUCCUCCUACAACAAGCAGAGUGGCAUCACAGUGCAGGAGGCCAAAAUCGCCUUCCUCAAAGCCAUUUCAAGAUGGCCAACCUUUGGCUGCACCUUCUUUGAAGUUAAACAAACGUGUGAAUCUAGCUACCCAUAUAUCGUUUUGAUUGCCAUCAGCAAGCAAGGUGUCAGCUUAAUAGACCCAAAGACAAAGGAGCUGCUGGUCAUGCACCCAUUCAGCCGCAUCACAGAGUACCACAGCAAAGGCGGCUACUUCCAGAUGACCAUCGGCACCCUGGUGAGGGGCAACAACUUCGUCUGUGAAACCUCACAGGCCAACACAAUGGAGGACCUUCUUAGAUCGUACGUCAGCAUGUACGAGAGGCAGAGACAGGCCUUUCGACCAAGGAACCACAUGUUUUCCUAAGGCUUCAAGGGCAAAAGAACAGACUGAACUGCUGUGAUCUACUAUACGCACUCUGGAUCAAUAUCUUUACAUGAAUGUAUUUGUAUACUUCAAAUGACAAAAUUGUCACUACAGAUUACUUCUAAUAAACAAGAUAGUGAAAUUCAAACUUAA